AGGUGGAGGCGGCUACCAGUCUGGUGGAGGAGGAGGCUACGGUGGCGGAAGCUACGGUGGUGGUGGUUAUGGCGGUCGGGGUGGUUACGCCCAAGGCGGUUAUGGCGGUGGCGCCGGAUUCGGCGGUCAGGCAGGUUAUGGCUACCAGGCGCAAGGUGGUUACGGCGGUGGAGGUUACUAAAAUGUCCUUGCCAUUUGCAGCUACCUAUCAUUUUUCUUGUGAUCUUUGUUUUCCUGACUCACUCAUCCACACAAGAUUCGUACCACCACUGUCUCUCGUUUCUCUCUGAGCACUUGUCGUUUUUGUCCUUGGCUUGCGUUCCCAGUCUCGGUUUUACCACAAUCCGGCUUGUACUUGUAUGAUUCUGAUAUCCGCUGUUUCCUCAUCUGUCUCCACUCCGUUCGCCGUGGGUGGGUGUGUCAUCUCUUAUUAUCAUUGUAUUAUUUG